GCACCCUCUCGUACCUGGCCGUGUCCGCCGCGUACCAGGUCUGCCCACCGUGGCCGAGGAGAGAGAGAGAGAGAGAGGACAGAGGCAGAUCGGCCCAGGAUCGCAAGAGGCAAGACACAGCUCCCUCCAUCAGGACAUAUUUGAGGGAUACAGAUGCAGCCACGAUUACCUGGCGUAUGUGUCUAGCUACGAGAAGUGGGGGAGCGUACACGGGCAAUCUAUAGGUACCUACGAUCUACACCACCGCGUACUACUCAUAGUAGGUAUGAGGUUGGAAUUAGUAUACUACUGCUUAACAACCUGAUAUCAGCAUACCCGUUUACGUGCUUACUCUUAGCACCCUUCUCCGUCUGUGGCAUCUCGAUAUCACUACCUUAGGUAUAUACUCCCGUCCGCUUACAUCACCGCCCAAGAUGCCGUCCGACAUUUAUUCCUGCCCUACUGCUGCUGCGCCCUCUCGCCCGACGCCUCCUAUCAGGAUAUCUCCCAUUAUAUCCUCCAGUUUCCCUACGUGAAGGGUGCUUCGACGGGCUGCCGAGUAGCUACCGACCCGACAGGUCGACCUGGCUCACCGAGCUUCCCCCUCAACAACAUGGCGGCGGCCGAUGUGCUCCCGAAGCUUCCCGUCCCCAGCCUGGCCCCCGAUCCGCCGCCCGUCCUGGCGCCAUCUGCUGCGGACGCCCUCACCCCUCUCAUCCGGUCGACGUAUAAGACUUCGGAGCUGCGCUUCUACGUCAACGGGCGCUGCGUCAUCGUCCAGAAUCCGGACCCCGAUUGGGUUCUCCUCGACUGGAUCCGCGCCCAAGACGGCCUCAAAGGGACCAAGCUUGGGUGCGGCGAAGGCGGGUGCGGCGCCUGCACCGUGGUGUUGCAGACCGCCGAGAGCGGCCGGCGAUUGCGACACGUAGCCGUGAACGCCUGCCUCUACCCGCUUGCUGGCGUGGAUGGAAAGAGUCUAAUUACCACCGAGGGUCUGGGCACUGUCGACCACCCCCAUCCUCUGCAGGAGAGGAUAGCGAAGAUGCAUGGCUCGCAGUGCGGAUUCUGCACGCCGGGGAUCGUCAUGAGCUUGUACGCGCUGGUCAGGAACUCCUACCGGGAUGGGAAGUUCCGGCUUUCGGCCUCCGACGUCGAACUGCAAGGGCACUUGGACGGCAACCUCUGCAGAUGCACUGGUUACAAACCCAUUCUCGAGGCAGCCAGGACGUUUAUAGUAGAAGACCUGAAAGGCGAAUUAGUUGAGGAGCCGGGCUCGACUUCCCGCGAGGCGGAUCCCAUCGCCGAUAACCUGGUGCAGGCCUCGCCCACCGGAAGUGGGUGCGGCUCAUCGAGUGGCGGUUCCUGCGGGCGUCCCGGCGGAUGCUGCCGAGACUCGCCAGCCAGCGGUAGUCCCUACAGGAGAGAAUCCACUACUACCAGGACCACUUCCGCAGACUCACGCGCCAGCAAGACCGCAUCAAGCUCGUUCACACCCUACGACCCUACGACAGAGCUCAUAUUCCCUCCGGCGCUCUGGAAACACGAAAGGCUGCCCAUAUGUUACGGAAAUGAACGGAAAAUAUGGUUUAAGCCUACGACACUCGAACAACUACUCGAACUCAAGGCUGCUUGGCCUGCUGCCAAAAUUGUUGGAGGUGCUAGCGAAACACAGAUCGAGGUCCGUUUCAAGAAAGCCGAAUACCGGGUUUGUAUCUUCGUUUCCGAUAUCGAAGAGCUGAAUGCACUCAAAGACCCCUAUGCCCUAUCAGAAAUAUCCAUCCCGGGCAAUAUGCCGCUAACGAAAGUAGAGGAACUCUGUGCCACGGUGUUCCAAAAGCUGGGUGCGAGAGCGAGCGCUCUCGAGGCGCUCAGGAAGCAACUCAGAUAUUUCGCAGGUCGACAGAUCCGGAAUGUCGCCAGUCUGGCCGGAAACUUGGCGACUGCCAGCCCUAUCUCGGAUUCUGCCCCCUUACUCCUAGCAGCUGGAGCUACAGUCACCGUAAAAGUCUGGGGCCAGGGCUCGCAUGAGAUACCGCUCUCGACGUUCUUCGUCGAGUAUCGAACCACUCGACUACCCAAAAACGGGGUGAUCACACAUAUCAAGAUACCACUGCCUCCUCCGGGGGUAUUGGAGAUAACGAAAGCCUACAAGCAGUCUAAGAGGAAAGACGACGAUAUUGCUAUUGUAACCGCUAGCUUCCGAAUACGCGUCGACCCAACUGGCGCCGUCCAGCAUGCAACGUUUGCCUUCGGCGGCAUGGCACCGACAACCACAGUCGCAACCAAGGCGCAGCAGGUAGUACUAGGAAAGCAAUGGGCUGAUAGUGCUACACGGGAAGAUGUCAUAUCUGCUCUUCUAGAGGACUUUAAUCUUCCGUUCGGCGUCCCCGGAGGAAUGGCCCAGUACAGGAAAACCUUGACAUUGUCUAUAUUCUUCCGCUUCUGGCACGAGAGCAUCCUAGACCUGGGCCUCGCCGAAGUCGACCAAGCACCGGCGCUCGAGAUUCACCGAGGGAUUUCCACCGGGACCCGCGGUACUAUCGAGGCUUCGGGCACCAAGGUCGUGGGCAAGGAGAUCCCCCAUCUCUCGGCUUUGAAGCACUGCACAGGCGAGGCAGAAUACGUCGACGAUAUGCCGCUACAGAAGAACGAGCUGCAAUGCGCGCCCGUCCUGUCGGCUCACGCACAUGCGAAGAUCCUCAAGGUCGACUGGAGCGCCGCGCUCGAGAUGCCAGGUGUCGUCGGUCACCUCGACAAAGGCAGCAUUCCCGAGGCGUGGAAUAUCUGGGGUCCGGUCCGCGUAGACGAACCGCUGUUUGCUACCGACAAGGUGCACUCGCACGGCCAGAUAAUCGGCGUAGUCUACGCGGAGACGGCCCUGCAAGCUCGCGCCGCAGCGGCCAAGGUCCGCGUGACUUAUGAGACGCUGCCGGCCAUCCUCACCAUCGACCAGGCCAUCAAGGCGCAGAGCUUCUUCGACCACGGGAAGCAGCUGAAGAAGGGAGCCGCCGUCGAAGGGCCCCUGGACGACGCCUUCGCCAAGUGCGCGCACGUCUUCGAGGGAACGACGAAACUCGGCGGCCAAGAGCACUUCUACUUGGAAACGAAUGCGGCGCUCGCUAUCCCGCACGUCGAGGACGGGUCUAUGGAGGUGUACUCAUCCUCUCAGAACCUAAUGGAGAACCAGAUAUUCGUCGCCCAGGUGCUCGACGUGCCCAUGAGCCGCGUGAAUAUGAGAGUCCGCCGUCUCGGCGGCGCGUACGGCGGCAAGGAGUCCAGAAGCACGCCGAUAGCGUGCCUCGUCGCCAUCGCCGCCAGGAAGGAGCGCCGGCCCAUGCGGAUGAUGCUGACCCGCGACGAGGAUAUGGCGACAAGCGGACAGAGACACCCGAUGCAGUGCCGGUGGAAGGUCGGCACCAACGAGCUGGGCGUCAUCCAGUGUCUCGACGCGGACGUAUACAAUAACGCUGGGUACUCGAUCGACAUGUCGGGCGCCGUCAUGGACCGGGCGUGCACGCACCUCGACAACUGCUACAACAUCCCGCACGCCUGGAUCCGCGGCUGGGUCUGCAAGACGAACACGGUGACGAACACGGCCUUUCGCGGCUUCGGCGGGCCACAGGCCAUGUACUUCGCCGAAUCGUACAUGUGCGCCAUCGCCGAGGCCCUCACGAUCGAUGUCGACGAGCUGCGGCGGCGGAACUUGUACCGGGAGGGUGACCUGACGCCCUUCCUACAGCCCAUCGACGUCGACUUCCACAUCCCGACUAUGCUGGAACAGCUGAGCGCCAGCGCCGACUACGAGGCUAGGAAGAAGGCAGUUGAGGCCUUCAACGAGAAGAACAGCUUCCGGAAGCGUGGCAUCUGCAUGGUCCCGACCAAGUUUGGGUUAAGCUUCGCUACCGCUUUACAUCUAAACCAGGCCGGUGCAUACGUUAGGAUCUACGAAGACGGCAGCAUCCUACUACACCACGGCGGGACGGAGAUGGGUCAGGGGCUAUAUACGAAGAUGUGCCAGGUGGCGGCGGAGGAGCUAGGGGUGGACGUGGACCAGAUCUUCAACAAGGACUCGCAGACAGACCAAGUGGCGAACCCGUCCCCGACGGCGGCAUCGUCUGGCAGCGACCUCAACGGCAUGGCCGUCAAGGAUGCCUGUCGCCAGCUCGCAGAGCGCCUCGCACCCUACCGCGAGCGCUACGGGCCCGACGCCCCGAUGUCAACCCUCGCCCGCGCCGCGUACCGCGACCGCGUCAACCUCGCCGCCAACGGCUUCUGGAAGAUGCCUCGCAUAGGCUACAAGUGGGGCAACUACACUGAUCCGCUACCGAUGUACUACUAUUUCACGCAGGGCGUGGCCAUCACGGAGGUGGAGCUGGACGUGCUCACGGGGGACUCGACUGUGCUGCGAACGGACAUCAUGAUGGACGUCGGACGCUCCAUCAACCCGUCCAUAGACUACGGCCAGAUCGAAGGGGCCUUUGUGCAGGGCCAGGGCCUCUUCACGAUGGAGGAGUCGCUCUGGACGCAGCAGGGCGAGCUCUUCACCCGCGGACCGGGCACGUACAAAAUCCCUGGCUUCUCCGAUAUCCCGCAGACCUUCAACGUGUCGAUGCUGACCCACGACGCGCGCGGCCACGCCCUGACCUGGAAGCACCUGCGCUCGGUGCAGAGCAGCAAGGGCAUCGGCGAGCCGCCGCUGUUCCUGGGCGCGACCGUGUUCUUCGCGCUGCGCGAGGCGGUGCGCGCCGCCCGCGCCGCCCACCACCACCACCACCGCGGCGGCGGCGUCGCCCUCGUCCUCGACGCCCCCGCCACCCCCGAGAAGCUGCGGCUCGCCGUCGACGACGACCUCGCGCGCCGCGCCGCCGUCGCGCCUGCCGAGGGCGAGACCGACUUUUUCGUCCGCAUCGAGGCGUGAGGGGGGGGGUUGAGGGGGCUGGAGUGUGGCUGCGUCUAGGGUUGGUCAAGCGGUGUGAGGCAGGGCUUCGAAGGGGAGGGGCGAGAUGCCGUGAUAUACCUAAGGUUAGGAGACUAUAAACGAGAAGGGGAUAAGUUUCAUGUAGGCGUGUCAUCUGUCUAAGUUUGGCCAAAGAUAGCGAUUUCAUCCAUCCGUAUUUUACUGUCUUACAACCGCCCCCGGCGCCUCGGUCCUUCCUCGCUACCGCGCAGCCUACCCCUGAGCGCCAAAACCAGCCCCGAGCCCAAGUGCUGAUAGAACAUCAUAUCCCAUAUCGUAGGUACUAAUGCAUACACGCACGCAUACCCGCC